CGCCUGUCUCCUCCCACAGAGGAAAAAAAAAGGUCACGUAUGUUUGGAAAAAUAUGUAGGAAACACUGCAGAGAAAAUCUAAUGGAUGAAGAUGAGAAAGACAGGGCCAAGAGAGCUUCUCGAAACAAGUCUGAGAAGAAGCGUCGGGACCAGUUCAAUGUUCUCAUCAAAGAGCUUAGCUCCAUGCUUCCUGGCAACACGCGGAAAAUGGACAAAACCACCGUGUUGGAAAAGGUCAUCGGAUUCUUGCAGAAACACAAUGAAGUCUCAGCACAAACGGAAAUCUGUGAUAUUCAGCAGGACUGGAAGCCUUCAUUCCUCAGUAAUGAAGAAUUUACCCAGCUGAUGUUGGAGGCAUUAGAUGGCUUCAUUAUUGCAGUGACAACAGACGGUAGCAUCAUCUAUGUUUCCGACAGCAUCACGCCUCUCCUUGGGCAUCUGCCGUCGGAUGUCAUGGAUCAGAAUUUGUUAAAUUUCCUUCCAGAACAAGAACAUUCAGAGGUUUAUAAAAUGCUUUCUUCCCAUAUGCUUGUGACGGAUCCCCCCUCCCCAGAAUACUUAAAAUCUGACAACGAUUUAGAGUUUUAUUGCCAUCUUCUCAGAGGCAGCUUGAACCCAAAGGAAUUUCCAACUUAUGAAUACAUAAAAUUUGUAGGAAAUUUUCGCUCUUACAACAAUGUGCCUAGCCCCUCUUGUAACGGCUUUGACAACACCCUUUCAAGACCUUGCCGGGUGCCCCUAGGAAAGGAGGUCUGCUUCAUUGCCACCGUUCGCCUGGCAACUCCACAAUUCUUAAAGGAAAUGUGCAUAGUUGACGAACCUUUAGAGGAAUUCACUUCAAGGCAUAGCUUGGAAUGGAAAUUUUUAUUUCUGGAUCACAGAGCCCCUCCAAUCAUAGGAUACCUGCCUUUUGAAGUACUGGGAACCUCGGGCUAUGACUACUACCACAUCGAUGACCUGGAGCUCCUGGCCAGGUGCCACCAGCACCUGAUGCAGUUUGGCAAAGGAAAGUCAUGUUGCUACCGAUUUCUGACCAAAGGUCAGCAGUGGAUUUGGCUACAGACUCACUACUACAUCACCUACCAUCAGUGGAACUCCAAGCCCGAGUUCAUCGUGUGCACACACUCAGUGGUCAGUUAUGCAGAUGUCCGGGUGGAAAGGAAGCAGGAGCUGGCUGUGGAAGACCCACCGUCCGAGGCCCUCCGCCCCUCAGCCCUGAAGGACAAGGGCUCAAGCCUGGAACCUCAGCAGCACUUUAAUGCACUUGACGUGGGUGCCUCGGGCCUUGAUGCCAGCCAUUCACCCUCAGCGUCUUCAAGAAGUUCCCACAAAUCCUCACACACAGCCAUGUCAGAACCCACCUCCACUCCGACCAAGCUGAUGGCAGAGGCCAGCACCCCGGCUUUGCCAAGAUCAGCUACCCUGCCCCAAGAGUUACCGGUGCCCGGGCUCAGCCAGACAGCAACGAUACCGGCCCCGCUGUCUUCCCCGUCACCCUGUGACCUCUCACAACAACUCUUGCCUCAGACCAUUUUGCAGAACCCACCUACUCCCAUGGCACAGUUUUCAGCACAGUUCAGCAUGUUCCAGACCAUCAAAGACCAGCUGGAGCAGCGGACAAGGAUCCUGCAGGCCAAUAUCCGGUGGCAGCAGGAAGAACUCCACAAGAUCCAGGAGCAGCUCUGCCUGGUGCAGGACUCCAAUGUCCAGAUGUUUCUGCAGCAGCCAGCUGUGUCCCUGAGUUUCAGCAGCGCCCAGCGGCCUGAGACUCAGCAGUUACAGCAAAGGUCAGCUGCCGUGACCCAGCCCCAGCUUGGAGCCGGUCCCCAGCUUCCAGGGCCCGUCACCCCUGCCCAGGUUGCAAGCCAGCACCUGCUUCGAGAAUCAAGUGUGAUAUCCACCCAGGGCCCAAAGCCCCUGAGAAGCUCCCAGCUGAUGCCGGGCAGCGGCCGCUCCGUGGGCAGUGUGGCACCCCAGUUCAGCAGCGCCGCGGCCGUGCUCCCGCCGAGUCUGAAUCUGACCACGCCUGCUUCCACCUCCCAUGAUGCCAGCCAGUGCCAGCCCAGCCCAGACUUCAGCCACGACCGGCAGCUCAGGCUGUUGCUGAGCCAGCCCAUCCAGCCCAUGAUGCCUGGGUCCUGUGACGCGAGGCAGCCCUCGGAGGUCAGCAGGACGGGACGGCAAGUCAAGUAUGCACAGAGCCAGACUGUGUUUCCAAGUCCAGACGCACACCCCGCCAGCAGCAGCAGCAGCGCCCCGACCCCCGUCCUGCUGAUGGGGCAGGCGGUGCUGCACCCCAGCUUCCCCGCCUCCCAGCCGUCACUCCUGCAGCAGCCACCACAGCACUACCUGCAGGUCCAGGCGCCAACCUCUUUGCACAGUGAGCAGCAGGACCCGCUGCUCCUCUCGACUUACUCGCAACCGCCAGGGACCCUGGGCUAUCCCCCGCCACCCCCGGUGCAACCCCAGCCCCCGCGGACCCCCCGGAGGGUCAGCAGUCUGUCUGAGUCGUCAGGCCUCCAGCAGCCGCCCCGGUAGUGCCGGGCACUGAGACUGGGAUGCAAUCAGCUUUAACCAAUGGACGAGGAGGGGUGGCCAUGGGAGAUGGGGGAGGAGUGUGAACUAGACCCUUGGCAUCUAUUCACACACUGCAUACAUUUCAGAGCUCCUGGGUGGGAACCAUCUGUGGAGUGCAACAGCCGGCAAAGUGGAAAUGGUCAGGAAUGCCGGCCGUGUGUCCCUUGUCUCCGAGGUCCCCGGUCACACUCUACAGUCAGAGUGGGCAGGAACCUAGAGUCCUGUGUGGGUGUCAUGACUCAGUUUACCUUCGGAUAUGGCGCGCUCACUGCAUCCCCUGAGAGUGAGCUGGUUACACUAGCCGGCUGCGGCCCAUCCAUCCGCGCUUGGCUGGCCUUCGCUGUCCGGGUCAUCCUUCCUUUGUAUUCGAGAAGGACUGGGUCAGAGAUCUGUUGGAGAGAGAGAGAAUAAAGAGGUUAUUUUUCAUUAUUUUUAAAUGGUUGUUUUUGUUUUAAUUUGCACAGCUGCACAGAGGAAAUAACUUAGGCACUUUCUGUUUUUAAAAAUAAUAAGGUCUCUGACUUCAUUCGGAGACCACAGUAACAAAAACAGCCCACCAAUCAGAUAGAGAAGCUGGCCAUUAUUAACCAAGCUACAGAUUCACACCCUUCCCGGCCUGCACCCUAAUGGGCUGAGGCUUUUUGCCCCAUGCCGUGCUGGUGGUUUCUCCCCUAAAUAUAACACUGGGCAAUUUCCUGUUUACUUCAUUGAUCGCAACUACCAAGGUGGACUCAGAGCAAAGCAGUCAGGCCAGCUGACAUUCCAGAACUCUGGUGGGAACGCGACGCCUGUGAGGGAGAGGUUUCGGAGCCGGAUGGGCCUGGGGGGCUCUAGUCUCCGAGGAACCCCGCCAUGUGCUGGCCCUUUGAGUGAGAAUGCUGCAUCUUUCUACAUAUCUUUCAUGAGAAGACUGAGAAUUGGAUUUUCCUUUUCAGAAUGCACUUUGCUUUUUUUGUAUGUUUUGUUAUGUUGAUAUGUUUCUAAAGAAAAGAUUUUAUGUAAUUAUAAGAUGAAGCGUAGUGAAUUGUACAGCUGUUGUAAUAAUGACCUAUUUCUAUAUAAAAUAAAAUUGUAUGGAUUAUGUGUAAAUUAUUUUGUAUCUGAGACACCAGUUCCUUUCCCAAAUAUAAAAUUAUAAAAGUUUUCUUGUGUUUUUCUGUGAGUGGACAUUUUGUAAUAAAUUAACAAAUUUGUACAA